UUUUAUCGAUAACAUGAGCGGCGAUGUUUUUGUUUGGAUUGGUUAAUUCUGUUUACUUUUAAAUUUCUAAUAACAAACGCAAUGAAACCAAUAACCAUUAAACCAAAGACUCUCUGUGAGAACGCGGACACCAUGCCAACAUCCACCAGCCGUAUAGGCACUUCCAAUCCGAAGCAGAAGCAACGCGUCUACCAUUGCGGAGCGUGCCUGACCAGCUUCAGUCGCUAUGGGAAAGCCAAGACCCAUGAGCAGAUGUGUGCUCCACGAAUCCAACGGAUGAAUAUGUGUAAAUAUUGUCUGACCCUGUUUCGUGACGAGAAGCUAUUGGAGUGGCAUAUGGAACGAAAGCACACGGACGGAAAGCAUUUGUGUUUGCAAUGCGGCAAACGCUAUUCGACGUCGACAUUUCUGUAUCGGCAUGUGGUGACCUGGCAUGGAGAGCACUCGCUUUUCUAUUGCGCCAUGUGCGCAGAUAACUGCAAUGAUGUGAAAACCUUUAGUGACUUUGCUGGACUGAUUGCCCAUGCGAAGCGAAUGCAUCAAUUGAAUCUCUGGUGUGGAGGAGCAGGAGCUGCCGACGACGAAGACGACGCUGGCGGCGGCGAUGGAGCGUUCAGUGAUGCCGACGAGAUGGAGAAUUUGGAAAUGCUGGAGGAGAAUAUUGAAGACUUACUGCCCAUUGUCGACUGGGAUGACGAUGUCACAUUCGGCUGGCCCAUGGAUCUCGACAAGGAAUCGUGCAUCGCCAGUGCCUAUGUCUGUCCACUCUGCGCGAAUAACUUCACUGGCAGCAUAAGUCUAAUCAAUCAUCUCGAACAAGUGCAUAAGAAGAAUCCUCUAGAUUGCAGCUAUUGCGCCAAAUCGCACCCAAAUCGCGAGGCUCUGCGUAUGCAUCUCCAACGGAUGCAUGUCCUCAUCCGUAAGCAUAUCUGUGUAGAAUGCCAACUGGAGUAUGCCACUGCUGAUCAUUUGGAGAAGCAUAUGAGAAGCAAACAUCUGCCGGAGCGUCAUCACAAAUGUGACAUUUGUGGCAAGAGAUUCGCCCAAUUGUGCCAUCUAAAGGAGCACCUCAAAACGGACAGGAAUCACCAUCAAGGCUCGUCCCUAAUAUGUCAGCUCUGCAAUUGUCGUUUCUAUCGAUUGACUGAUCUUCAACGUCACGUUAAUCAGAAGCAUGGCUAA